AUGGCGAUCAAAGGGGUCGCGGCCUCGCGGGAGGACUGGAGGGAGUACGUCGCCGUCUGCUCCCGCAUCAUCGACGCCGCCUCCUCCGGCCACGACCGCCGCGUGCUCUGCUCCACGCUCGCGCACCGCGCCGACGCCCGCGCGCGGCUUGGAGAUGCCGCCUGCUGGCUUGCCGACUGCGACGCCGCGCUUGCGGCCGAGCCGGCGCACCCCGGCGCGCUGCUCUCCAAGGGCGCGCUCCUAAGCGGCCUCGGCCGGUACGCCGCCGCGGACGAGGCGCGGGAGCUCGCCGAGCAGUGCAGGCGCCUCGAGGCGCAGGCGAGGAGCGGGGCGGUGGACCUGUCCGAGUGGGUGCUCGCGGGGUUCGCCGGGAAGUUCCCGGAUCUAGCGGAGUACGUCGGGUCCGUGGAGGCGGUGGCGAUCGGGAGAGGGGUGAUUCCUGAUGCCGCCGACAGCGACGAGAAGAUGUUCGUAUGGAAGGACUUUGUCGACAAGGUGCUCGAAGCUGCCGAGAAAUGUCCGAAGUCGGCGGCUUUGAUCUAUACUCUGUCUACCGGCGAGGAGCGGCAAGAUGAGUUUGUCGUCCCGGACAUGGCAAUUUUCAAGAAUGAAACUGAGGGUGACAGUCUCAGUGAUGGUACCAGCGCGGCGAGGGCGAUGGGGACACAGGAGGCUGUUCAUGUGGACAGGAUCUUGAAGGUGCUCGACGUGAACUGCUUGACUGAGGACGCGCCAGCCGCCGAUGUGCUUGGUAACAAUGGUGUCGUCAACUGCGGCGUGGGACUCUGGGUCUUGCCGUCGUUCAUCAACCAUUCCUGCCACCCCAAUGCCCGGCGCACUCACAUCGGGGACCAUGCCAUUGUCCACGCGUCCAGGGACAUCAAAGCCGGGGAGGAGAUCACAUUUCCAUACUUUGAUGUGCUUGUGCCAGUGAGCAAGCGCAGGGAGGCAUCCAGAGCUUGGGGAUUCGAAUGCAAGUGUGAUCGGUGCAGGUUUGAAGCCGAGGAUUCCAUUCUUAGGCAGGAAAUCCUUAAGUCAGAGAACGAUUUGGCCAGUGGAGGAGACAUAGGAGCAGUGGUGGUGUGGCUGGAGGAGAAGACGAGGAAGUCUAUGGUGAAGGAGAGGCAAAAGGCGUUCUUGCGUGCGUCAUUCUGGAGCACAUACUCCGCCUUGUAUGAUUCUGAUAAGCUGAUGAGGAAAUGGGCAACCUAUGGCAAGUUGGUGAAGAGACACGCAAUGAGAGAUCUCUUCAGACUUACACUGGAUGCCACCAACAAAAUUAACAUUUAG